UUUUUUUUUUUUCUUUUAAGGGCUUUACUGGAGGAUAUGGCAUAUGGAUCUUGUUCAGUCUGCAGUCCUGUAUAGCGUAAUGACCCUCAUCAGUACCUACCUAGUAGCUUUUGCAUAUAAGAAUGUCAAGUUUGUUCUCAAACACAAAGUAGCACAGAAAAGAGAAGACGCUGUUUCCAAAGAAGUUACUCGCAAGCUGUCUGAGGCAGACAACAGGAAGAUGUCUCGUAAGGAGAAGGAUGAAAGAAUUCUGUGGAAGAAAAAUGAAGUUGCAGAUUAUGAAGCCACAACUUUUUCCAUCUUCUACAACAAUACUCUCUUUCUGGUCUUGGUCAUCAUUGCUUCAUUUUUUGUGCUGAAGAACUUCAACCCCACUGUAAACUAUAUCCUUUCUAUAAGUGCUUCAUCUGGACUGAUUGCUCUGCUAUCUACAGGAUCCAAGUAGACAAAAAAACCCCACAGCAAUUUUCCUGAGAAGGUUCAACUGCCAUAUAAAAGUUUAAGGGUGGAACAGGAAUACUUUUUUUUUUUUUUUUUAUAGUAUGACUGCUUUAAGGGUAUGGGGGGGAGGGUUUGACUCCAAAAUAAUUGAAUUAUAUUUACUUUUGGUAUCUUUACAUGGUAUUAUUCAAUAACUGAAUUAAUUAAUUUUUUUUACUUAGCAAGGGAAAUGUGUCAGCAGUUACCAAACAUAACUUUUCUGAAGCACUGCAAAGGUGUGAUGGUACUACAGAUUAUUAGACAAGUACAGCAUAGGGGGCUGCUACCCAGCAGCACAAACAGUUGUAUUUAAAACCUGUAGCAGAAUUCCUCUGUAAGUUUGGUGACUGGUAUAAUCAGCCAAAUGCGCUGAUAAUAAAAAGUGACAAUCCACCAUUUAUCAUUGUAACUUGAAAAGUUUUAAUAAAAAGGAGGCUUUUUUUGUCAUUUAAUUCCUUGUAUUUCCAUUCUUAAUUUAAAAAAAAAAGGGGGUAUUUUUAGGGAUAAACAGUGGGUUGUAGGUUUGUCAACUCUUUCUGGUUCUAGAACAGAUGAGUCUUCUACAAGUCAGCAUAUGUAUUGUUUUC